AUCUUUUUAGCGUGUAAUUCUUGUUUCGAAAAUAAUUUUUAUUAUUCCGCGCAUCACGGAGUGAACUUUGUAAAUUGGAAAAAUAAUUCCAACGAAUUGUUACAGGAUACAUUGGGAAGACGUAUAAUAAUCGAUCCGUGAUAACAGCCCACAUGUUUUCAUGUUACAAUGGAGUGCAAAUCAGAUAGUAAAAUAUUGAUCGAGCUUGUGUCCAUUAAAACCGAACCUGAAGUGGACAUCAGCAAUUUUAUAUACCCGGCGUUGUCGGAAUCUUUCAACUCCGCCACGAUCAAAGAAGAGCACUCUUGGAAUACUGGCUUGGAUCUUUUGAAUUCUAACGAUGAAAUUGGAACAGAUCACCAGGAAUCACAUACUAAGGGUAAACAAAGUAAAAAACCCAUCAGCAAAUGUAGUAACAAAAAAACAAAGGUUCCAAAACCUCGCAAAGAUAAAGGCGAAAUGGCAGAAGAAAGACUGAAAAACAGUCAUUUCACUUGUGAUAUUUGUUACAAACGCUUUAAAAAUAAUUCUAAAAACUCGCAUCUACGAACGCACCAACAGCGUGUUCGGAACGAAGAAUCCACAACAUGCCAAAUAUGUAGAAAAGUUUUCGCCCGGCCAAGAAACUUGGUCAUCCAUCAAGCCCAUUACCAUGGAAUGACAAACGAACUGUGGGCAAAAAAGAACUACGAACAAUGGCCCCACCGAUGUGACAAAUGUAGUUUCCAUUUCCGCGUCAAGGAACUCAUUUGGUAUCACAAAUGUGAGUAUUCCGACUCUGCAACUGCCACAGAGAAGCACGAAUCGAUUGAAAGCUAUCAAUCGGAUUUGGACUUUGAAUGCAAAAAAUGUAAAAUGCGUUUCAAGCAAAGGCAUCUUCUAGUGAAGCAUGAUACGAGAUGCCUUGAAAAGGAACAGCUUGAUGACGGUAAUGAAAAGUCUAAUCAAACUACCAAAGGUGAACAAUGCACAGAAUGCUCGAAAACUUUUCGGCUUAAGAGUAAACUUGAAAAUCACAUAAUGCGGGUACACUCACAGGACCGUAAAUUCAGUUGCACAAAAUGCGACAAAAAGUUCUACGAGAAACGUCGCAGUCUGGAGGACCAUUUUGCUGCCAAGCACCUUGGUAAAGCGCGAUACGAGUGCGAAUACUGCGGCAAGCAAUGUUUCAGCUAUUAUGAAUACAUUAAUCACCGGAAACGUGCGCACGCAAAAAAACUCGCAGCAUUCGUUGCCAAAAAUGGAGGAAAACAACCGCCGAUAAACGAGCUCUUCUCCAUGGAUGGAUGUUCGGUGAUUUCGACAACGUGCGAGAUUUGCGGGCGAAAAUUUUUCAAUGGGGCUAAGCUUGAAAGUCACCUGCGCACGGUUCAUCUCCGAGAGAGAAAACAGUUCAGCUGCAAUCAGUGUGAUCAAGCGUUCGGUGAUAAGCGUUACCUGGAAGACCAUUACAGUAAGCUACACAUCGGAAGACCUCGAUAUGAGUGCGAGUUCUGCGGUCUGCUGUUCUUCUAUCAAGCACAGUACUCCAGACACCGCAAGAUUAAGCAUCCCGAAGAGUACUCGAAGCUGGUUUUUAGCAACGGAGUCCGCCACGUUCCCUCUAACGAACUUUACUCUAUGGACGGGUGCGUAGUGGUGACAUCGAAAACGGUUGUCGAAUGAAAUUAAACGGUAGGAACUAUUGAUUUGGUUCAAUUUACUUGCGAUUGAUGUUUAUCCCAAAAAUAUUUUUAAGUCUCCAGAUGAAGUUCAAUAACAUUGAUUAAAGGUUUCAAAAAUGGUAUUUUUAUUUGCCUUGGUUGUAAGGCAAUUCACCAUUUUAGCCCGGAAAAUAUGUCCUAAUAAAGACGGAUGGCAGAACAAGGAUUAGAGAAGAUAUUAAUUAAACAAGGGCAUUUAAAAAUUAAAAUAACAAUCUAAAAUCAAAUGG